GUACUGAAAAAAAAAAAAAAAAAUCAACGCCCAAAAGCAAACCUACUUCAGAAGUCAGAACUGCUCGUUGCUUGCCUCAACCACAGACCACAUCUCCGUUACUCGUCUGCUCCAGCGGAUCUACCCAUAAUUUGACGACGCCAGCCACCAGCGACCACCGCCUCAUCGGCGAAGCCACUGCCAACCGCUGCCAAUUUGCCAAAUUCCCCAGGUAUCUUAUUAUUUUCCUCAGAAACCUAGUUUUAUCUUCCUUUCUGUGAACGGGCUUAAGAAAACUCAGUGCAUCCUAAAUUACAAGCUGCGGAGUAGGUAUUGUACCAGUAGAGGGAAAGAAAAAUCCUCUCACACAUCACUAUGUCUUCGAACAACCCAUCUCAACUACUUCCAUCUGAGCUAAUUGACCGCUGCAUUGGGUCCAAAAUCUGGGUCAUAAUGAAAGGGGAUAAGGAGCUUGUUGGAACCCUUAGAGGAUUUGAUGUUUAUGUUAACAUGGUCCUGGAAGAUGUCACUGAAUACGAGAUCACCUCUGAAGGACGGCGAAUUACAAAGCUUGAUCAGAUCUUGCUCAAUGGAAACAACAUUGCCAUUCUUGUUCCGGGAGGCUCACCCGAUACAGAAUGAGAUUCGUAUUUGACUGCAGCCUAAGAAGUUGGUGGAUAUAAGAACCAAUCUAUUUUGUGUUUGUAGGCUUACUAACUGUCACUGAUUAACUACAAUUGUUGUUAGACCAUGAACUUGAUGAACUACAAUUUUUUGUGACUGCCAAUAUGUCCAGUACUCUGUAUUUGUUAAAUGAUUUUAAAUUUGCUCAUGCAUGGGUUAUGAAUUAUGAUUUAUGAGAAAAUUGAUGUCAUUGAAGAACAA